UCUCUAAAAUUUUAACUACUCAGACUUACUUCACUCAAUGAUACUACUGAUGCUACUGGUGAUUAUACGUAUAUAAAAAGUGUAUAUAACUGUGUGUGUAUGUAUAUAAUAUACGUAUAAAUGGAGGUAACGGCAGAAUCCAAUUCAUGGAGAGAUGAGCUGGCGAGCUUAGUGGGGGAUACAGGGAUAAGGCUCAACGGAGAUUCAAUCGCAGUUUCGGCGAAGCUGUCGCCGCCGCCGCUGGCGGCGGCGGAGGAGGAGGAGGAGACGGCGGAGAGUUUGAAGGAUCAAAUCAAGGGUUUCGCUACGGCGUGGGGUGAACUGGCGGUGGAAUUGGGGAGAGGGUGCAGGGAUGUUGUGCGGCAGACGAUAUUGACCGACGAUUCUUACAUUGUGAAGAAGACCAAAGGACCGUUGGCCGAGGUUUCGGAGAAACUGAGGUUUCUGAACGAUUUCUUGCCGGAGGACCGCGAUCCGGUGCACGUUUGGCCUGUCAUCUUCUUCGUCUUUAUUGUUGCCCUUGCUGUUUUGAGCGUAAAUAGCAAACACGACGGUUCUAUUUCGACGGUGAAGAGAGUGUCGAUACACCCUCCUAGUGGUGCACGCAUAUUGCUUCCGGACGGUAGAUACAUAGCGUAUCACGAAAUCGGAGUUGCAGCUGAUAAAGCCAGAUUUUCCGUUAUCGUCCCACACGGUUUUCUCUCUUCUCGAUUUGCGGGUAUCUUGGGCAUCAAAGUUUCAUUGCUGGAAGAAUUCGGUGUUCGUCUCAUCGGUUACGAUCUACCAGGUUUUGGAGAAAGCGAUCCACAUUCAAACAGAAGUCUUAAUUCAUCGGCUCUGGAUAUGUCACACUUGGCAUAUUCCGUCGGAAUAAACGGUAAAUUCUGGGUUCUUGGAUAUUCGAGUGGCUCUUUGCAUGCUUGGGCUGCUCUAAAGUAUAUUCCAGAUCAAAUUGCAGGUGCAGCCAUGUUAGCCCCGUUGGUUAAUCCAUACGAUUCGAGCAUGACAAGAGAAGAGAAUUCCAGCACUUGGAGAAAUUGGACACGAAGAAGAAGAUUAUUGUUCUAUUUGGCUCGAAAAUUUCCGAAGUUCCUUAAUUACUUCUAUAGUCGAACUUUUCUCUCUGGGAAGCAUGGUCAAAUAGAUAAGUGGUUAUCCUUAAAACUCGGAAAGAAGGAUAAAGAUCUCGUUGAAACAUCGGCUUUCGAGAAAAUCUGGCAGAGGGAUGUCGAAGAGUCGGUUCGUCAGAAUAACCCUAAACCAUUUGUCGAGGAAGCUAUGCUCCAGGUGUCGAAUUGGGGUUCCAAUCUCGUGGAUCUUCAAGUGCAAAGAAAAUGCCCCAAGAAAGGAAUAUUCUCUUGGCUGCACUUUAUGUACACUCAGCCGGAAUGUGAAUUAACCGGAUAUCUUGGUCCGAUUCAUAUAUGGCAGGGAAUGGAUGAUACGGUGGUUCCUCCGUCAAUGACUGAUUAUGUGGCGCGUGUACUGCCCACUGCUAAUGUGCACCGGCUUCCGGGAGAAGGCCACUUCUCGUACUUCUCUCUCUGUAAUGAGUGUCAUAGGGACAUAUUUUCGACUAUUUUCGGAAGCCCGCAAGGUAUGCUAUAUACUGUAGAUAAUAAUAAUACCGUAGCAAAAGACGAGGCACAGGAGACCUUGUUUCAGACAAUGUAGAUAACGACAUGGGAUAAAUAAUUCCACUGAAUCCUCGUGCUUAUCGAGAUAUAACUUUAACUUUUACUUCUCGGUGCUGAUAACAGAUAUACGAAAUAGAAAGCACGACAAUGUUGAAAGAUAAAAUCUUUUCUUUUUUUGGUAAUGACGAUUUCUCUGCCUCGUUUUUCUGUGUGUACGAGAUGUCAUGAUAUGAUGCUUCUUGUAUUGCGUAAGGCAUCGUUAUUAGUUUAACAUCAAUGACCUUUGUAUCUAAGCAAUGGCUUCCUAAGUUUAUAUUGAACUCUGAUAAUUAAUACAAACAUGAGGGGGGUUUUUGUAAUUUGAGCAUACCUUAGGGGGUGUCCGUAAUUUGCCAUAUUCGAUGGAAAAUGAGUUAUGUUAUUCUUUUCGUGUGUGUAUUUUGUCUACGAUUGGAAAUCGAACAUAUUAGAUCGGAAUUA